AGCGCACCUGUUACUGCUGCACUUGCUGCUUUGCACACGCACUACUGCACUGCACUAGCCGCGCCUCGCAGGUCGCGUCAAGCAAGCGCAGGUGCAGUCCUCAUCGCGAAGGGGCCAGAUAUGCUGCUCUCUGCGUUUCUCGGCGAUUGCUUGUUCAGCUACCCGCCGCCGCCUCUUCUACCCGCAACAACGGCUGCCCCGAGACCGAGCACGCGUCUCCCGGUUCCCUUUCCUGCUCGCCUCAGGCCCGCGUCCCUCGUCGCCCGACGGCUGACGGCGGAGGCGGGGGAGGCGCUGAGCGCGUUAUCCGCCGCGGAGGGCGACGACGAAUACGAAGCGGAGCUCCAGGAGGAAGGGUUUCCGAGCUGGGCGGGCGGCGGCGAGGAGGAGGACUACGACCACGACCCCGAAAUCGGAGACAUUAUGGGGGACUACUUCGACGACCCCAAGAAGGGCCAAACCCGCAUGGAGGAUAGGAUAAGAAAGAAACGCCACAAGAUCGUGCAAACCAAGACCGGCUCUCCAAACCCCAUGAAGGUCGUCUUCAACAAAUUUGACUUCUCCAAUUCCUAUAUAUGGUUCGAGUUCUACAAUGUUUUGUUGCCAAAAGAUGUUACGUUGAUUUCUGAUUCUCUGCGAUCAUGGCAUAUAGUUGGCCGUCUUGGUGGCUGCAAUUCUAUGAAUAUGCAGUUAUCGCAAUUGCCUUUAGAUUGUAAAAGGCUGACUUAUGAUGCUCUUGAAGGAGCUAACGUCACUCCGACGUCCUUUUACAACAUUGGUGAUCUUGAGAUUCAAGAUAAUCUAGCACGAGUAUGGGUAGACAUUGGUAUUCAUGAGCCAUUGCUUCUGGACAUCCUGCUUAAUGCCUUAACAACAAUAAGUUCAGAUCAUGUUGGUAUUAAGCAAGUACAGUUUGGAGGGUCAGAGUUUUUGAACUGGAGUGAGGACUUGAAGACAGAAGAAGUUGGAUAUAGUGUGUGCAAAAUCUAAAUAGCACAAUCCCGAGAUUUGCAGAAGCAGCUACCUUUUUAGCUAAACGCAAAUGCAACAUCUGGUUCGAAGUUAGGGUUUUAACCACCUUGGUCCUGCAAACGAGAAGAAGAAAAUGGUGACAACACGAUGAAAAAUUGACGUCCAAACAUAUUAACUUCUGCUUGAAAAGAGGUUGCCGUCCUUACAGGACUCUGCUAGCUACACAUCAACACAUCAUUGGUAAUCCUUCUGCAUACAUGUAAUAAUAUAAUAUAACUAGAUUGUCUGAUGUCCAACGUGUAUUGACUCUACUUAGGGCUGAACAUAAUACUUAUGGCUACUUAUGGCUCGUUAGUUCGCUUGGCUCGACUUAGUUUAUUUUAAUUUUGUUACGAGCCGAGUUAGUAUUUUAGCUCGGUUUGUUAACGAGCCAUCUCGUUAGCUCGAACGAGCUAUCAUUUAUCAACAAAAUAAAGCCUUCACUUAUGUUGGAUG